CUCAAUUCACCAUAUCCAUAUCCUCUUUCCAUACACUCCAACAAUGAGACCCAAGGUCCUUGAGAUCGCCUGGCACGAAACACAGGCGGUUUACUCGUGCGAUUUCCAGCCGCUCCCGCUCCCCCAGUUGAAACGUCUCUUGGCUGCGUCCACAACCAGCGAGAGCGAAGAGGACAGGGACAGGAUCGAAAAGGGCAGCUCUUCGGCAGCUACUGCAGCUGGAGGAAGGCAGUACAGGCUGGCAACUGCCGGUGGUGAUUCCAAAGUGCGGAUAUGGAUGGUUUACCCCAAUAUCCCUUCCAUCCCCCCGUCCACCUACGCCGCCCUCACAGGACAAGAAUAUACACCACACCCACCACGAGUGGAAUACCUUGCGACGUUGUCGAAACACACUGCUCCGGUUAACGUCGUCAGGUUCAGUCCCAGCGGACAGAUACUUGCUUCGGCUGGUGAUGACGGAAACGUUAUCCUCUGGGUGCCCAGCGAUAGACCAAGCGUGACUUUUGGAGAGACUUCAGAUGAUUUGCCCGACAAGGAGCAUUGGAGAUUACAAAAGAUGCUUCAGGUGACCACAAAGCAUGUAUACGACUUGUCAUGGUCUCCUGAUGGAGAGUAUCUCAUCGCCGGGUCGACCGAUAACACCGCGACAAUAUGGAAGGCUGCCACCGGCGAAUGUGUGUUUGCACUUCGAGAACAUUUGCACAACGUGCAAGGUGUCGCUUGGGACCCUCUGAACGAAUACAUUGCUACUCAAAGCAGUGACCGUGCGGUACACGUCAAUACGUUUACCACUCGUAACGGUAUUCCCGAUGUCCACCCUGUCUCUCGUUCAACACGGAUGGAGAUCCGUCACUCCCGAACCCCUUCCAUCUCCUCGGCGUCUAGACCCAGUAUGGUUCGUAGAGGAUCCACUACUUCCGAAGCUGGUUCAGUGAUUACUACCGCCUCUGAUUUUCCCGAGGCUGCUUUGCCUCCUCAUGCCCCAGUUUUGGCCGGUGUAAGUGCCAGCGCUACCCCAGCUACACCUUCAGCAUCUGUGCCCUCCACCCCUCAGGUUGCUCCCGCCCCGAUGAACCCUCCAGCCACUUCCAACCGUCCUUGUUCCAGACGUUCUUCCUUUUCCGGAUCACAAGCUGCCGCUUCCCCAGCUCUCAGCGCUGCAGCUUUCAGUCACCUCGCACGCAGUGCCCGGUCACCUUCUCCUAUCCCCCCUUUACCCGCCAUCCGUGCACCUCCAGCCUCGACAAUCAAUCAACGUCUUUAUGGUGAAGAGGGUGCGACGAGAUUCUUUAGGCGACUGACAUUCUCUCCUGAUGGCUCUUUGCUACUCACUCCUGCCGGGCAAAUUGAGGAUCAAGUGUACAAGGGAUCUCCCCUGCUUACCGCUAAGAAUAUCUCCCAGGAUACAUCCGACCCAUUAUCAUCGUCUGUCCCACGGCCGAAAAACGUUGAGACGGGCAAGCCGACAGCAUACAUCUACUCUCGCGCCAACCUUUCUCGACCGCCGAUUGCCCAUUUACCGGGCCAUAAAACUUCUAGUGUUGCUAUUCGCUUCUCCCCCGUGUUUUAUGACCUCCGCCAGAACGGACAAUUAUCUGCCGAGCCAAAGCAUGUCACUUUCGACAAGAAUGAUACCCAGCCAGUGCACGUGAGCUUGAACAUGCCCCCACCUCCCGCUCCUUCAGGUUCAAGGGAAAAGGAAAAGGAAAAGGAGGGAGACAAAGUGUUGGGAAGUGUGUUUGCUUUACCGUAUAGGCUUUUGUACGCGGUGGCAUGCCAGGACUCGGUCCUACUCUAUGAUACACAACAGGCUGGGCCUAUAGCCAUCUUCAAGGGACUACACUAUGCUGGAUUUACUGAUGUCGCUUGGUCACCGGACGGACAAUGUCUUUUCCUUUCAUCCGCAGACGGCUACUGCUCCAUCGUCAUCUUUGAUCUUGGCGAGCUCGGAACUGUUCACCCUACCCAACAACAUCACCGCCAACUGCAGGCAAUCGCCCAGUCCCACAACAAUGGGAUUUCCACCCCCCUCCCACCAUCACUUACUCAUCGCGACUCUAUCCAUUCGUCACAUUCCCAAUCGGGCGCUUCCGCCACAGGUCACAGUCCCGCAGUCAGUCAUGUGGCAAGACAAAGCCCAGCACCGGGAGUGGCAAGGAGUGAUAGAGAAGGUUCAACAGCCAGUAGCGUGGUUGGUGCCAGCGGGUCAGUCUCUGCGUCUUUACUGUCAGUUUCCAAUGUUGGAGGUGGUGCCAAAGCGCCCCCAAGUUCGGCGAGCUCAGUGACAGUGACGGACCAAGUGCUACCCACCCCGACACCUAGUGAUACCGAAGGACCAAGUGCUGCUGGAGUUGAUUUGGGUAUUGCCGUGAGUCAGGAAGAGGAUGCCAAGAAGCGUGAAGGAGCAGGCGAGACGACACAAGCCGAGGCCCCAAAGAAGAAGAGGAGGGUUGCGUUGACGCAUUUGGGAUCGGAGCAAUAAUGGAAUUACAAACAAACAAACAAACAAAAAGAAAGGUUAAAAAAUGCCAGGUCUCUAAUUAUCCAUCACGUCAAAGGUUGCUAUUAAAUAUCACAUCGAGUUUCGUUCGUUAUGUUAUG